UGACCGCCCGGCUCUUAUCAGUACGUUGCGUUCCUUGACGUCGAAAGUAAUUUGUCUACUGGUGCUUUAACUUUAAGAACAUAGAACUUUCCCUGCAAGCUCAGCUUGCGUGUGCUGUAACCGUUUCGAAAUUUGUUGUUGUUGUUUUACCGCCAUUGCACGCACACCGUACAAAACAAUUCCAGGCAUUUCCAAGUAUUGUGCUUGUUCGUGUCACUGUUCAUUUGACGUAGAUAAGUAACGCAGAUAAGAGAAGAGUAGUAGUCCUUCUGCUGCUGCAACUACUUCUAUUGACACUGCUGGGAAAUUCGGAAAGUACAUCCAUCCACACCGGGAACGGUUCAUUGCGAGCGUUGGGGAGGUAAAACUGAGGGGCGAACCAAACCCGUGGCGGAUGAAAAGGGACCGCAGGCAAGCAAGUGAGACGGCACGGCCGUUGGAUCCUGAGCACGCUUUGCACCGGAAAAGGACGAAACGGUCUAGGACCUUAUUUACCCACAGCUUCAUCGAGCGGCAUGCGCUUGCGUUUCCGGCAGUGUUCUUCGGCUGUACGAAGGAAGCGGAUGGGAAGAACAAACCGUGCCCCUAGAACGCAAAACCCCGAGCGAACGAACUGCGCGCGAGCCCGUACACCCCACUCGUGGUGCGAGAGCACCAGCAGCAGCAGCAGCAGUGCAAUAGUGUAAAAGCUGGCAUCUUUCUGUCAGAGGUGGGCUCAGCUAUCGAUAUCCUGAACCGCGGUCGUCCGAAUCGUGCAAGAAAUCAAGGUGCAAUUUCUGUGUAAACUCAAAACCUGCUGAAAAGGAAAACAAUUCUCCCCGCACUAUUUCCGGAGGUUGUACAAGUGUUGUGUAAGAAAAGAUCCCGCGGUGAGACAGUGUGCUGCCGUCUCUUUCGUGAGAUUAAAUUGCGUCGCAUGUUGAAAUUUCGCGAAUGUAAGGAUCAGCAUUUUGGGAACCUCCUUUGGGAGUAGAUAUACGGCGUGCAUAAAACCUGGUUCGUGCCACGAACCUUGAGCCUUCAAUUUAAGCGGAGAAACUACGGCGAAAAACUUCCAAGAGAUAUGGAACCCUGGUGCUGCUGUGAUUGGACGCCAUCUUGGAAUUGAGGAUGGUGCGGCGUGGGUUCGUUUAGUACGAUGUAGCAUUAUUACGACGACAACCUGCAAUCUUUAGACAUUGGUGUGGAGAGAUAUUGCUUUCAAUAGUUUUCAUUUCUGCAGCGUGCGCGUUUUGUGGACUGUGUUGUGAAAUCGUCCUAGUGUCUAGUAUAACACUCGAGUGUUGUGAAGCUUAAAAUUCAAACCAUUAAUUACCGCUGCACAAUGCAGCGUUCCAGCUCACUGUACGUGACUCCUAACUGCGGAGGGUCAUCCGUAACAAUUCCUCCGCUGCUAACCAACCUGAGCAGCAAUCUGGACCAGCACCAUCACCAUCAUCACCACCACCACCAGCAGCAGCAACAACAACACCAACAUUACAGCGUCGUCACACCAAUCGAUACGAUUACGCUCGAAGCCAACCUCCACAGUCCUACCUCUGGGCGAGGUUCUCUGAAGCGCAAACUUCCCAUCUCCGAGCUGGAGGAUCAUUUUCCUGUCUCGGUAACGGUGGCACCGUACGCAACCCUCCCGGACACCGUCACCGUCAAUGGGCCGCUGGUGACGAAGCAGCGAAAGGACAUCGACACUGGCGCCGGCAUUGGUGUGGAACUGCACGAGUUCCCGGCGUUCGGACAAGCGUUCCAGGGUGUGUCUGGCAUUGGGCAGUUCUACGUGAUUGGUCCAAACGAUACGAACAACAAUAAUCCAGCAAAUGCGCUGGGUGAUGCGCAUGACCCGCACCACCAACAGCUAGCGACGUACAUCUACGAUGUGCCCGGUGAGAUAGAUGCUGGUGCAGAAGAUGCGGAGGUCAUACCGAUCAGUGAGCAUCAUCUAACGUCCACCGUGCUGGCGCCGGUUGUUAGUGACGUGGUGCACCACACCAACGGUAUCGUGCUGACCGACAUAAGCUCAUCUACCUGGACCAGUACGGCGGAAUUGCUCGAUUUGGACAGGAAAGGGUCGUCGACAUCGACCAUACCUACGAACGUGCAUCACCAUCGCUACUCUAUCGUGAGUACCGAGCAUCAUCAUCACCAGCAGCAGCAGCAGCAGCAGCAGCUACACCAACAACAUCAACAAAACAGCCAUCAACAACAUCACCAACAACAUCACCAUCAUCAGCAGCAACACCCACAUCUUACCUCACACCAUCACCAUCAGCAGCAGCAGCAGCAGCAGCAGCAGCAACAACACCAUCAUCACCACCACCACCAGCAAUUGCUUCAUGUACCGCCGAUGCAUACACACCAUCAACCUCAGCAACAAUCGACAACAUCCUCCCCAUCCUCUCCCAGACCUCCACCACCUCCUCCGCCUCCUCCACCACCUCCAGCGCCAACCACAUCCUCAGCAAAUGCCGAACAUGUGCACACACAUCGCAACAAUCAAGAUGUGAAUCAACAGCAGCAGUACAGCGGUGGUGGUGGUGGUCCUACGGGUGGUAACAGUAGCCCGUACAAUGGCACCAACAAUCAGAGUUCGGCCAGCAACUGGUCGAAUUCGGGUGAACCGUGUCGGUCCACGUCGGACGGCAGCAGUCCACGUCGUAGUGAAACGACGGCGGCGACGACGACGACGACGUCCGCCACAACAACUCCUGCCAGCGCACUCACAAAUGGUAUGAAGACGCCUGAACGCUUAGCAUCACAAACCCCAGACACACCAGAAGACUGCAAAAAUCUGUCGUGGUUGCUCAACUUCAAGCUGGAUGACAUCCCGAACCUAUCGCCUCGCUCCAAUCGGAAGCAGCGUUCGAAAGCGUUUGCCGCCGGGACUGGACCGGGAACUGCGAGUCAGGAAGGUGUUGGCGGUGUUGGCGGUGGUGGGAGCGGUAGUUUGGGCGGCGAAUCCGGCACCGUUGCUAUCGAGGAAGGCGAUCUGAACGUUGGGGAGAACGUUACGAUCGAAAGCAGCAAUGGCAAAUCACCAAAGAAGCCACCAUUCACGUACACCGAGCUAAUAGAGUACGCACUGGAGGAGCAGGGUGAUCUAACAGUAGCCGCUAUCUACCAGUGGAUAUCUGAUCACUUCCCGUACUACAAAUCGCAUGACGACCGCUGGAAGAACUCCGUCCGCCAUAACUUGUCGAUUAAUCCACACUUUCGCAAGGGUCGCAAAUCGUCGCACGGUUCCGGCCACCUAUGGACAAUCUCUAGCCGCAACUCGGAGGACAAUUUUCUCGCCUGGGAGCAUAAAAAGCAACGCUUUGAAUGGUUUUUCAAGAUGGAAGCGAAUGCGCGUAUGCGCGAGGUGGGGACGAACGAUACGAUGACGGAUGCGGAGGUUGCAGCAGCGACAGCCAGUCUGGCACAGUACGUGCCCAAAUCGCCAACCACAGGCUCACCGGUGAAUCAGUGUAUGGAAACAAUGAAUCCCGCUACGUCCGAACAACAUCGUCAGCAUCUGUCCCACACGAUGCAGCAGCAGCAACCACAUCAACAGCAGCAACAACAUCAGCAGCAUCAACAGCAUCACCAUCACCAUCAUCCACAGCAGCAGAUAACUGCGACGUACCAUGAGGCCCAAACACUGUACGCAGACAUCAUCACCAGUGCACAGUUUAAGGUGACAGCUAGGACGGAAGAGAUCAAACAUCCGGACGACGACACCUUCAACGGUUUGCGACGUGGAGGUGAUAUCCAGAUAGAUCGGCCAACGCAAACGAUCCAGACGUACGAGAUGCUAGAUUCUGCGGAGUACAAUAUUGCCGACUACCUGAACCCGGUACCGAAGGAGGAAAUCGUGCAGGAGUGUGGGCUGCGUUCGGUGGCACUCGAUCCGGCCGAGCUCGGUAUCAACAUCCCGUCCGCCACCGGACAGGACGAUGACAUACUAUUCGAUGACUUCAAUCUCAACUACUUCGGCAACAACAUCAUGACCUGACGACGUGCUACAUCAUCACAGCAACUACUGCAGGAGCAACAUCCAGCAACCGUACUGGUUGCUCCACUGCUCGAGCCAGUCUUUGCACCGCUACCGAUUGACGGUACCGUGCAGCAGAUCGUCGCCAUGAUACCGACCACCCUGGUGACUCCAACGAUUACCGUCAGUACGACACAGGAAUCGAUCCCUGGUGAUAACGAUUCACCAACCAAGUCAGGACCUAUCUAACUCUUCUGCCCUCCAAAAAAUCUUUACACCAACUCUGCAUGCGUUUAUAGGAUCCAAAUGGAGCUGAUGGCAUGAAACGCUGGACACUAGUCAUGGAGGAGUACCUUAUAAUCUUAUUAGUUUGUGCCAUACUCAAGCCCAGUUAGUUUUAGCGUAUUUGGGUUAAUGAAAAACUCUAGCAUAAUGUUGUGUGUGUGUGUCAGUGUGUUUGUGUGUGUAUGCGCGUGUGUGUACGUGUGCGUGUGUGUGCAAUUAGGUUCAGUUAACGGAUAGAAGAAUGGAUCCUAUCAAAUCUUCGAGAAGCCCCACAAGAAUUGGGACUUUUUCAUCCAAAAAUUGAUUGGUUUCUUCUGUUGAUCUUUGCAAUUUUUGUUUUGUCUAUCUCUUUCUCGCUCACUCGCUCUUUAGUCAAUGUAACAUUUUAUCACCAAACGAGCAAAAACAAAAUGUCCCAGGAUAGUGAUGUGGUAAUAGUGUAAGCUUACACACAGGAACAAUCAACGUCCAUGAUGGCGUUUAUCCAGAGCACACGGUCAUAAUGAAAGAAAUCUACCGGCGGUAAGCUACUUAAAUGAGGCAAAAAAAACUUACCACUAAAAAACCCAUUCGUGCCAUUGUAAUCACUUCUGUCACAUCUUAUCUUUAGACAAACACACACGCACACACCCAUACUGUUUCGUAAUAAUACUGUUCCGGAUUCGUAUUUCUACCGAGUUUAACUACUAUUAAAUACUACCUAGUGAAUCAACAAUCCA